AUGAGACCGUUCAUGACACAACCUACGAAGUCCACAGAUUUGAGUGUAGAAGUCAAGGUUUUGAUCGCGUUGUCAUUUUAUGCGACUGGAUCGUACCAAAGACCAACUGGGGACAUAGCUGCACAUUCUGUUGCCCAACAAACAGUUUCAGCUGUAAUAGCACAAGUAACCCAGUGCCUUAAUCUUCCACAUUUCCGACAGAAAUAUAUAAAAUUUCCAAAUAGUGAUAAUGAACGUAGAGCUACUAUAGUUGGAUUUUAUAGAAAAAAUCAUAUGCCUGGAGUAUUAGGAUGCAUUGAUGGGACACAUGUUGCAAUAAAACGGCCAGUGGAACACGAAGAACGUUUUUACUGUAGAAAACAGUAUCAUUCUUUGAAUGUACAAUUGGUAUGCAACUCUGACAUGGAAAUAAUUAGUGUGGAUGCCAGCCAUGGGGGAGCAACUCAUGAUGCCUUUAUAUGGGGUCACCAUCCAUUAAAAGCUAUUAUGGAACAGUUAAAUAACACAUGGUUUUUAGGUGAUUCUGGCUACCCUUUAAGAAAAAGCAUGAUGACUCCAGUUGUUGAUGCUGUUCCUGAUACACCAGAGGCUUACUACACUGAACAGCAU